GUUCUUUAUUAAUCCUACAAUUUCGGAACAUGUCGACAAACAAAUUUAAGCGGAAGUAUUGUGGAAUCAGUUAAAUGCCAGCAGAAUGCCCGGCAACGAGAGCCGAGCAAAAAGCUCCAGUCCUUAUAGGCGCAAUACGAGUGGCGACCGCAAAAAAUACUCGGGGCAACAGUUGUCAGCGCCAUCGAUGGUACCAGCCAGUGGGAAAGAUCGCUCGUCUGCGACCAAUCCUGGCGCUCAACUACGGCAACCAGUUGCCGAACGUUCGAUCGGUUAUAAUUCAACAACAAGCUCGAAACCGCUUUACUCGCGAUCAGAUCAUGCCUCGGCGAGUAUGACGGAUGGAGCUGGCUUAACUGGCGACGCGCAGCAACGUAAGUUGCGAUCAAAGACCAAAACUAGUAAGGUUUUGGUGAAAAGCAAGUCUCGUUCCGGUGCCGGCACCUCGCACGGCAGUGUGAUCCAAGAAAGAGGCGAAAAAAUUGGCAACCAAACGUGGACAGAGAUGUCGGCGACAACCUAUUCGUCCAAAGGCAAAGUAACUGAGGCAAGCAGGUCAAAUGUGGAGCCACCUCGGCGCAAUUCGUCAAUAAGCUCACCAGCGAAGAUUGAAUACGGAUCAACAUAUACCACCGCACCAGCGCGUACUCCAGCAUCAGCUCAUUCCGUGGGACCAUCGACCAAGUCAUCAAUGCACAAAAGAGAUUAUGGCUCGAAGUAUGAGAAGAUUGCUGAAGAGGAUGGUCCCGAAAGAUAUGCUGCUGCCGAUCAAAUGCCCAAGUCCAGUAUUUUGUCGAAGCCCAAGGUGACAGAUGGCUUCGGGGAACAGCCGAUGCCGGCACGAAUUUCCGACCCGGACAAUGAUUGUAACUGCGAUAUGUUUUCGCAAAAGCAAUAUCCAGCUUUUCGCGGAGAGUAUCCGACAAGGAAUCGUCCCUGCGCAUAUCCGUACUAUCAGCAAAAUCAACCAAAGGGUAGGAUGGAGCGCAUGUACAAUGAAGGCGGCCCGGUGGACUGUGACGGAAAAAUGCUGGCAUGUGAGGUUACCGAAGAGCACUUUGUUAGCAUCGACUGUGACCAGAAUAAUAAGGAUGGGGAAUAUAAUCGCAUGAACAAUGUUCAGCAGCCCUGGAAUAGCCAACAAAAUCAAAUAGACCGACGCCCAUAUGGCGUAGAUAGCUCCGCCCCUGGCUUUGGCUAUCAAUAUCAACAACAGCAACCACCGCAGCAGCAGCAGCAGCAGCAUCUGCAGCAGCAACUUCAACAACAGCUCCAACAGCGGCAAAGGCAACCCAUUCAACAGUCUAAUAUCUGUCCCUGCGACCCGCAGCAGCAGCAGCAGCAACAGGCCGGAGUAUGCCGCUGUGAUCAGCAACUACGGCAGGGCAACAUACAGCAACAGCAACAACAACUACAGCAAAUGCCACAACCGGGCUUAUGUCCCUGCGACCAGCAACAGCAGCAGCAACUUCAACAGCCGGGCAUGUGUCCUUGUGAUCCGCAACAGCAGAACCCGCCGCUAGACCUAAGCAAGUGUCCCUGUGAUCCACAACAGCAAAUGUCGCAGCAACAGCCGAUGACAGGCGGCAUGAUGAAUCCCAGACGCUUGCCCUCGCAAUGUUGGUGCAGACCCCAUAGGUCCCAGCACCGUCCUAUAUGUGGGUGUGAACAGCGCCAGCAGCAGCAGCAGCAACAGCAACAGUUUUAUUCCAUGUACAAUCAGACGGGUCCACAAAAACAGUGCCUUCCACAAAACCCAUGCUGCUGCCAACAGAACCAAAUACAGGCCCCGUAUCAGAGUAACAAUACCAGUUGCCUGACAGACCAGUUAGCCAUGCAACUGCAUCAGCAGAUGGAACAGGCCCAAGCCCAAAUUGCCCAAGUGCGACAGCAAUUGAACUACGUCUGCGCCCAGAACAAGGUGCGUCCGAUAGCCACGGGAAAUGGGAAUGAGUCGAAUCCGUGUCCUUGCAACUAUGCUGAUGCACAACAACAGCAACAGCAACAACAACCACAGACACAACAGAAGGCUUCGCCCACAGAAUCGCAGACAGGCAUCAAUCCCAAUGGGACACUGCCAAAUGAAAUAGAGAAUAUGGAAAACAACACAGAACUGGAUGUGAAUCAAGCAGCGGAAAAGAAUAUUUUGCCAGAUCGUUCGCAAGGGGUGAUGCCGAACGAUCCUUAUAAUGCGCCUAGUUCGAUGUAUAUGGAUCAACAAAUGCAGCCACCUGGAGUAUCUAUGUUCCAGGCUCCUGGAGUUAGCAGUCCAAUGCAGCCGGCGGCAAAGCCCCCGUCUUGCUGUAACUGUCUCCAACAGCAGCCUUUCAUGCCGUUCGGUGAAUAUGGAACAGAUCAGUACGGUGGAGACAAUAUGCCGCAAGCGCCAAAUGGCCCAACACAAUUCAUGGGCGGACCUCCCAUGCAGCAACCGGGGGCAAACGGAGUGGUGACAGGGCCACAACAACAAGCACCAAAUAUGUUUCCCACGUUUCCGAGCAAUCAUUUUUGUAAUAACUGCAUGCGACCACGAUAUGCAAAAAUGCGUUUUAUGAUGCCGCGCUGUUGGCCCGGCCGCUAAGUUAAACGGAAAUUAGGCGCCCAAUGUGGGGCGCACAAUGUGGUAAAAAGGGCAAAGUUAUCGGGCAAAUAAACAAAUUGUGCUUUAAAUAUAAAUAUGCAUUGUACAAGGCUUCCGUUUAAAAUUGAAUAAAACAGAGAUUUUGAGUUUACUAGACGCA